GCCAUGGAGAAAAGUGGGAACAUUCAGCUGGAGAUUCCUGACUUCAGCAACUCUGUCCUGAGCCACCUGAACCAGUUACGCAUGCAGGGUCGCCUGUGUGACAUCGUGGUCAAUGUGCAGGGGCAAGCUUUCCGCGCUCACAAGGUGGUGCUGGCUGCCAGCUCACCCUACUUCCGUGACCACAUGUCCUUGAACGAAAUGAGCACCGUGUCCAUUUCUGUCAUCAAGAACCCUUCUGUUUUUGAGCAGCUCCUUUCCUUCUGUUACACUGGUCGGAUAUGUCUGCAGCUGGCUGACAUCAUCAGUUACCUAACAGCCGCCAGUUUCUUGCAGAUGCAGCACAUCAUAGACAAAUGCACGCAGAUUCUUGAGGGAAUCCAUUUCAAGAUCAACGUGGCAGAGGUGGAAGCAGAAUUGAGCCAGACCAGGACAAAGCAUCAGGAGAGGCCACCAGAGUCUCACCGGGUGACGCCAACUCUGAACCGUUCUCUGAGCCCACAUCACAACACCCCAAAGGGAAGUCGCCUGGGCCAGGUGAGCACAGUGCUGGACAUUCGGGAGCUCAGCCCACCCGAGGAGUCCACCAGCCCCCAGAUAAUUGAGCAGAGUUCAGACGUGGAAAGCAGGGAGCCCAUACUACGGAUUAACAGAGCAGGACAGUGGUACGUUGAGACAGGAUUGGGAGACCGUGGGGGACGGAGUGACGACGAUGUCCGGCUGAUGGGAGGAGUGCGCAUUAAAACGGAGAACCUGGAGGAGUGGCUCGGGGCAGAGCAUCAGCCAUCAGGAGAAGAUGGGAGCAGCGCUGAGGAGGUCACUGCUAUGGUGAUAGACACCACGGGCCAGGGAUCAAUGUGCCAAGAGGCUUAUGCGUUAGGGUCCUCAGGUGCCAAAGUGGUCAGGCCAACCAGCAGUGAGAUUGACAGAUUUAGCCCUUCUGGCAGCAUGGUUGCUGUGACUGAGCGGUACAGAUCAAAAAGCGAGUCUCCCGGGCGGAUGGAUGAGCCCAAGCAGCCCAGUUCCCAGGGGGAGGAAUCGGCCAUGCUGGGAGUGAGUGGUUACGUGGAGUAUCUGCGGGAGCAGGAGGUUUCGGAGCGCUGGUUCCGCUACAACCCGCGCCUCACUUGCAUUUACUGUGCCAAAUCCUUCAACCAGAAGGGCAGCCUGGACCGGCACAUGCGACUGCACAUGGGCAUCACGCCCUUCGUCUGCCGCAUGUGUGGCAAGAAGUACACCCGCAAGGAUCAGCUGGAGUACCACAUCCGCAAGCACACAGGCAACAAGCCCUUUCACUGCCACGUCUGCGGCAAGAGCUUCCCUUUCCAGGCCAUCCUCAACCAGCACUUUCGCAAGAACCACCCUGGCUGUAUGCCUCUGGAGGGGCCCCACAGCAUCUCCCCCGAGACCACCGUCACGUCUCGGGGGCAGGCAGAGGAAGAAUCUCCUCCGCAGGAGGAGGCUGUCGCUGUGGGCGAGACGGCACAGGGAUCUGUGUCCACCACUGGGCCAGAUUGA